CCGGGUUACUCCCCUUCCAUGGUUGUUGGGGGGAGGAUGGGGGAGGGUAUUCAUGACAGGCUUCCUCUUCAAAAGACACACCUCAACGCGGCUGGGCACCUGGGGACACGCAGAUCAUCGGAGAUUUGGGAUGGCUGGUCAAGAUCCAGUGACUCCAACUGUACCACUGAAGACCACUGAAGUAAAGCUGCCUCGGGUCACUCUUGCAAAUCAUCCCACCUGGUCCCUUGGGAUCUCUUGAGUGAAUGUAUCCGAAGCAUUUUCCAAUUCAACCAGAGGAUCGUACAUCCUGCGAACACGCUCGUAGGAGAACAAAAAUAUGGGUUGAUGAGGUACUGGUGCUUGGCACCAACGACUCCCACUUUACGCGGAACGAGAUUCUAGAACUUUGCGAAGCACUCCGUGGUGUGACCCAACGGAAGAUGCUCAUCAAGUAUCUUCGAUUCGCCCAGCUGCAAGGGAACAACUUCAAUCCGGACGAGGGUGGUGUGGAUGAGCUUUCUGCGGACUUAUUGGCAUUGAAUGCCUGGACAGAUGCUCCCUACUACUUCUACAAGAGGGCCAGUCAAGGAUUCUUGGCCUUCAGCGACUAGGGCGACGAGAUGCCUCGGCCGCGACCAGCGCUGGGGGUGCGCCGGGCGCCAUCGAGAAGCGGCCACUGCGACGCUGUGGAGGACGAGGACCACGGAGGUGCACCGAGGCGUUGAAUCUGAGACUGGCCGCCGUGGUGCCGAGG